AUGCGAAAACACCCUCACCACACAAAUCGCUUGGAUCCCUUCAUUUUUGUUGCCUUCCGCACUGCCGAGCCAAUGGGUAGAAGUAUCAUACAUCUCUUUCCUUCGCUGCGGGCAAUAAAUGUUUUUAUAGCAUUGCAAUUGGCAGUCGCUUUUGUGGCCGUAUCCCAAGCUUUCCAGGUCUCAUCUUUCGGUGUCAGAUCUCCUGCACAUGGACUUUUAUCCGUGAGACGGCCAGCAUUUGUUCUUGCCCCCAAACCGUUCUAUGCCAAAAAAGAGGAUGAUGGUGAGGAAGAAGAGGAUAAUAGCGAGGAAGAGGACGACGAGAAUGAGUUUGUUGUUUUGCCAGAAGGAAUGGAAGAUGCUCUGACCGAGGAGGAUCUACAAGGAUUGACCGUCCCUCAGCUCAAACAGCAGCUAAGAUUGCGGGGACUGAAGGUGGGAGGACGCAAAGGAGAGCUCAUUGAACGACUCUUGACAUCAUCUGUGAGGUCCAGCAGUACUCCUACGCCUCCUAUCAAAGAAGAAGAAGCAGAAGAAACAAAGGCUCAAAAGUUUGCCCGUGACAAAGGCAAAGAAUUUGUGGAUGUCUCGGAAUAUCUCGACGAAGAGGAUCAAGGAAAGAGCGUCAAGGCAUGGAACGAAAAGAAAGUGAUAGAUGCUGAAUUUGAGAGAGACGACAAUAGCAAGGAAAGCUCUUCGCCUGAAGUGUGGGGAUCUGAAGCAAGGAUCGUGGAUGACUAUGAAGGUCGACAAGUUGUAGUGGACUGCUUGUCACGGACCGUUGUACAGUUUCUUGGCUCCAAUCAAUCCUAUGUUGACGCCUUUGUGGUGGCAAGCCGGGAUGCUCUCAAACCAUUUCUUGCAGGAGGCGGUGGUACUCAGCAGCAAGAAAACAAGAACAUCACUGUAAAUUCUGCUGAAGAAAGAUUGAGAGAAAUCCAAACAAAGAGAGAAAAAGCCAGCAGGGUGCCAGUCAGGUUUGACUACGAAGGCCCAGAUGAAGGUGAUGAACAAGGAAAAUAUGCCAAUAUACUCGAUAGAGACUUUUCAGACUGGGGAAAGUACACUGCAGCAGGCGCACAAAUGUCCGCCACUGAAGUGCAAGGUGUUUUGCUACUCAGUGACGUAUACGGCUUGUCGGAGGACACCAAAACCCUGGCGGAAAAAAUUGCCUUCGAGUGCCAACCAGUAGUAGUGAUGGUACCUGAUCUGUUCCGUGGGCAUCCAUGGAAGGAGGAAUCAUCGACUCCUGGCAAUUAUGCACAGGGGCAGACGUACGAAGAUUGGAGAGCCACUCACUCAGACCUAAGGGUUUCUGUUGACAUUCGGGCCGCAGCCGCUUGUUUGAGGGAGCGGUACGGGGUCAGCUCUGUCGUUGUGUGGGGUACUUGCUAUGGUGGCGGGCGAGCAUUGGAAGCUGCGGCGGGGUACCGUCCUGAUGAUCAAAUUCACGAUGUAGACGGAAGCGUGGGACCGCCCCUUGUGAAGCCCAUGGCGACCGUAGCAUGGUAUCCAACACGAUAUGCUGCAUCGGCGUUAUUUGGCAGACACCGUACAGUUGGCAACAAUCAGCACAGCGACGAGGAGACAUUUGCCGUCAUGGGAGUCUUUGCUGGAAACGAUGUUAUCCCAGGGGCUACUCCAGAGGAUGCGGCAACGUUGAAGGCUCUCUUGGAGGAAGAUGACAGGAUAAAGGACUCUCUGAUCAAGGUCUUUCCUGGACAAGAACACGGUUUCGCCCACAUUGGAUUGGCUGCCAGAGCCAACAUGGACAAAGACACAGCGUUUGAACGGUUCGUGGACGAUGAAUUUGGAGGCGCAGGACAUGUAUCAAUGGAGGACGGUGAAGCGUCGGUUGCAUGUUUGCUGAGUACUGCAUUUAUGGAAACCUAUGCACGUGUCUUUCUCCCAACCACUGGAGUUCCUAUUCAAGAGGACGAAGACGAGCAAUGGAACGUCAAUAUAGAAAUGAAAAGCCUUGAUGGCGCGAACAGCCGAGAUGUCAGAAAAGAGAUUGCAGAAUCCAUGGCCAGCUUUGUUUCUGAAGAGAAACUAGAGAGGCCUGGUAUCGACCCGGAUGAUGUCGAGGGCCAAGAAAAACUGAAAGAAGUAUUACGAAAAGCUGAGUCGAAUGCGGGGGCUGAUUUGGAAUUGUUCUAA